CCCCUCCCUGGCCUCCUCCCACCCGGAAAAAGCCAGCCCCUCGUUAACGCUUUGCAUUAUUUUCCGGCCCCCCUCCGGAAGCGUCCCUCACAGCCCAGAAUGAGGAUCUGCUUCUACUCGGCUGGUAGCCGCUCCACUGCAGACGGGAUAGCCUAGCUUCCCCUCCCCCCCUUGCAACCUCAUGCAUAGCCCGGACUGAUCUUCGCUUCUUCCCUUUCCAGAGCGUUUCCCCCUCCCCCCUCCAGCCUUUACUCCCCAGAGAGAAGGAUCCUUUUUUGCGCCCCUCUCUCCUGAUAACCUCUGGGUCCCUUCCUCAGCCCUUUCACGUAGUCGAGGGGAGGAGGGCAGGCUCUUUCUAAUACUGCCAUACAGCUGUAGAGCAGAGAGCAAAACGGUUUCAGCCAGUCUGCUACUGCAGAACAGAUCUGGCCUCAAGUCACCUAUGAACUGUUACUUAAAUUCUUCACCAUGGUCCUUCAUGUUCUUUCUGUUGAACCGUUUCUACCCAUUUUUUGCUGGGCUCUGCUCCUUUUAAUCUGAUUGCUCCAGCGAGUCAGUAAGAAAAACUUUUUAUAAAAUGACUGGAGUGCAAGUUCUAUAAUUGGAUUGCUGUGCAUUGGCUAAAGGGGGGAAAGGGCCUGGGGAUCUGCUAAGUAGUUUGGCUAAACGCUCCCCUCAGAAUGAUAGUAAAAUAAUGGCAAUGGUGUGGGAGAGGAAAGAAGUCUGCUUAUAUUCAGGGAGAGAGGUUUGGGGUCUUUUCUGAGCCACCAAAAACAAAUCUGUGGACUUUAGUUAGGUUCUGUUAUCACAUGCAGUGUAACUGUAGUUGUGUGAGUGGGUGAGAGAUAAGGUGGGUGAGGUAAUUUUAUUGGACCAACUUCUGUUAGUGAGAGAGAGAGACAUUUUGAGACCUAUAAAGCUCCUCUUCAAAUCUGGAAAAGCUACAGGCCCCAGUGCUGGACUGGGGGCCCCCUCCAACCACAGCUCUUCAUGCCCUGAAGGCACAGCAGCAUCCUGCUGAGUCUAUUUAGUCCACAGGCUUUCUGCAUCUUUCCUUAUUGCCCAUCCCCAUGAGGAGGUACUUCAUAUUUAACAGAUAUAGUAUGGUGGUCUGGUACUAUUGCAAUGGCACUUGGCCAAAUUGGAAAUUUCUUGGCCUAUACUGCAGUUCCAACUGUGUUAGUGACUCCUCUAGGAGCUCUUGGUGUUCCAUUUGGGUCCAUUUUAGCUUCUUACUUACUGAAAGAAAAACUCAACAUUCUUGGCAAGUUGGGAUGUCUGCUGAGCUGUGCUGGGUCUAUUGUUCUCAUAAUCCAUUCCCCAAAAUCUGAGAGUGUAACAACUCAGGCUGAGCUUGAAGAGAAGCUUACAAAUCCAGUGUUUGUGGGCUACCUCUGCAUAGUACUUCUCAUGCUUCUCCUGCUUAUCUUCUGGAUAGCACCAGCUCAUGGACCCACUAAUAUUAUGGUUUACAUCAGUAUUUGCUCACUGUUGGGCAGUUUUACUGUGCCCAGCACAAAAGGCAUUGGGCUGGCUGCUCAAGAUAUCUUUCACAAUAAUCCAUCAAGUCAAAGAGCCCUGUAUCUCUGCUUGGUUCUUCUGACAGUGUUAGGAUGUAGCAUCAUCAUUCAGUUCAAGUACAUCAAUAAGGCACUGGAAUGUUUUGACUCGUCUGUGUUUGGUGCUAUCUACUAUGUUGUGUUCACCACUUUAGUCCUGCUGGCCUCUGCCAUCCUUUUCAGGGAAUGGAGUAAUGUAGGGGUGGUUGAUUUCUUGGGGAUGGCUUGUGGAUUCACCACUGUGUCAAUUGGAAUUGUUCUUAUACAAGUCUUCAAGGAGUUCAACUUCAAUAUUGGGGAUUUGAAUAAACCUAAUAUGAAGACAGAUUAAAAUCAUAUUUGAGGGGAACUGGAUGGCUCGGAGAAUGAUACAGAGCCUUCCAUUUCUAGGUCACUGACACAAAUAUGAUUGAGAUUGGCAAUUGCUACCCUCGGAAGAGUGGUGGCUUGUGUGAAAAGGAUUGGUGGCCAUCAUCCAGUUUUAAUGGACAGUUGUUCACAUACCCCAAAUCACCAUAAGUUGACAUUAAGCAGUAUCAUUGCUGACUGCCUUAGCAGAAAGGCUAAAGAAUGACUCAGCAUAGAGACUGAAGUAUCUCCUUGCUCCAAAAAGUUGGUCCAUCCAGAAAAGGUUUGGCGACAUUCUGGCAGAUGAGUUUAGGAAAUCUUAUGGGCAGAGAACAUCAGUUUCCAAUGUGCUCAAUCUGGUACCUUUCAUGAGUAGUGUAUGCCCUAUAAAAAUAUUGCUAACAAAUUCAACAUUUCUGUUAAUUUCCUUAAAAUAUCAAUGUAUUCAUACUCCUGGCUGUGAAUUGUUAAACAAACAUUGAUUGAAUUGUGGAGUACAGGUCUGUCUGUUUUACGAUAACUGCCUCCAAAAUGUGGACUGACAUAGAUCAAUGCACUGAAGGAGAAGGGUUCAAGUCACUGGUAUUGUGUAGUGCAUCUGACCCUUAAAAUCUUCCACUAAUCACUUGCCAACUACAGCUAGCUCAGCGAUGCAGCUGAAACUAGCAGCCUGAUUACAGGUAUAUAUUUUUCUCAUAACUCUUAAGUGCAUGAAGACAUACAGCAUUCAUCCAAGAGCUCUUGUUAAUUAAUGGACAGGAAGAGUGUGAAAGACAUGGAUGUGAUGCAUAAUAUUCCUGUAUACAUAGUAGGUUUUCCAGUGCCUUUGUAAUCUAAAAAUAUCAUUUAAUUUGAAUGUGUUUGUUUCUGAUGGCCUGGAUCAGGUUAGAAUAAUCUAGUUUUGUUGCUAAUAUUUGGCUGUACUCAAAUUAUAAGCGUAUAAAGCAGACAGAAAGGUCAGAAUAUCUUUGGAAAGAUGUACAAGGCUGAAGUCAAUGCUAAGGUGCUUUAGUGGCUUCUGCAAACAUCUGUAAUCAUAAUGAGAGUAACUGAUAAGAGGUCUGCUUACAGCAAUCCAGGAUAUGUAGAAUCCACUUCUAUAACAAAAUUUAGGAAACUAUUUAAUGAAGUAGUUAAUUGACAAAACAUAUUCAGAGCAGGAUAAAUAAAUGAACUUAUGUCAUUAUGUUGCCUAUUAUGAAAUCAGGCUGUGAACGGGCGUUGUUGUGAGCAAAAAGUUUUGAGAGAAGCACAUGUGUGAGAUUUCUUGAUUAAUUCAGAAGAAAGGUGGGUACAAUUAUGAUUCAUAGGAAAGCAGAGUUGAGUAACUCAGUAUUUCAUAGCUGUGUUGUUGUACAGCAGUAUUAUUUUAAAGGCUUGUGCAAGUGUCUCAAGACAUGGUAUGAGUGAUUAUGAAUUGAUUGGUUUAGAUGACCUGGAUUACAGUGUAUUAAUGUGUAGAAGGAAGAAAGGAAGAAAUUAUUGAUAUUCACUGAUAUUUAGAAGAGUGUAUUGUUCUUGUCUUUAGAGUGAAAAUAAUUUUCAUGGUAUAAUGUAAUCAGUGAUGAUGAUAAACCAUGUCAUUGGAAGAAUAUACCAAAAGCUUGCAAAUAAGUAAGAAAUUAUUUUAUUUUAAGUUUGGAGAUAGAAGUAAACUUGCAUCUACUAGGGGCAGGAGUACCUGGCAGUCCAGAGUGUCCCAUAAGAGAAAACGGGGGAUGCGAGAAACCAUGUCAGAAGGUUACAAAUGUUAGUCUAUAACAGGGCUGGGCAAAAUAUCCGUCAAGCCACCGGAUCUGGCCCUUGAGAGCCUCAGCUGGCUCCCUACCUGUCCCAUCCCUGCUCAGCACACAGGAAAGCUGGCUGCUGUGGGGCCAUGUGCUUCUGUGAAUACUGAAAGCCUGGUGGAAGGGAGGGGCAGAGGUGUCUCUCAUUGCUCCUACCCCUAGUAGCUCCUAUUGGCCAGUUUCCAGUCAAUAGCUGCUGCCUGUUUGCAGGACAGGAAACAUAUGAAGUGCCUCUCCCACCUCAUACCCCAGGCUCACAGUGUUUGUGGCCGCAAACGUGGCCUCUGUAGCUGCAGUGAGCAGUACAGGAGUGUGGAUGGCAGGGACCUUGGUUAAGGAACCUGGUCUGCUGGCUGGGAGCUGCCCAUGUAAAGUAUCCCAGUCACAACCUGCCUCUGGCACCUCAGCCCCUCCCUCCCCCAACCUUCUGUCCCUCCUCCUAUUCCCCUACCCCAUGUAACCCAAACCUUCUGCACCCCUGCUCCAGCCUCCAUACAUCUUCCCAGACCUUGCACCCCAAAUUUACAGUCCCUGGUAACAGCCCUAAUCCCUGCACCCCUUCCUGCACUCCUGCUCUAGGUUACAACCCCCACCCAGACCCUGCAUUCCCUUCUCUUACACCACUCCCCCAGGCCAGAAUCCUCUCCUACAUCCACAUAUCUCCCAGACCCUGCACCCCAAUCCCCUGUCUCAGAUCACAACCCAAACCCCUGUACCCCCCUACACCAGAUCACACACUCCUCCAUGACCCUGCACCUCCUCCCGUACCACAGUUCGCUGCCCCGGGUCACAGCUCCCUCUCUCACCCAAACUCCGUCCCAGAUCCUACACCCCCAAUCCCUCACCCUGAGCUUCCUUCUACUGCCAACCUCCAUCCCAAACCCCCCUGCACCUCCUUCAUUAAUAUAAUAGAAAAGUGCAGCCCUUGACCACUUACCAAAUUCUUGGAGUGGCUCCCCCAUCAAAAAUUAUUGCCCACCACUGGUCUAUAACAAGAUCAAGAACAGUAUCACAUAGUUAAGUUCAUGGGUCACUGUGAAUAAUGCAAACCUUGUCUAUUUAGAGACACAAUGUUGCUAACUCAAUAAUUGGUGUUUUGUUUUAAAACUGUAGCUCACCAGAGUCAUGUGAUUACUUAAGACUCUCCGCCUUUGAUUUAAGAGAGAAGUAAGUUGCUAGUCCUCAGUUACAGAGAAAAUCAUGAAAAUGCAACCUCAGGAAACACUAAAGACUCAAAGGUAAAUGAAAAGAACCCCAGAUAUAGUAUUUUUAAAACAGUGUCAUGUUUUUUGGAGGACUGACGUAACUUUUGAGUCAUAUCUCAUCCUAGUCCUUAUUUGGCCAGGUAUGUUUGCUUAUUUAAGUUUUACUUUAUUAAAAAAUGCCUAUCCGUGUAUGCUAGGUGCUUAUGCAAAUUUUAUAAUUAUAAAAUCCCAAACUAACAAAACUACCCAGUCACAGCAACCUCUUUCUACAUCUCAAAAGCAAGUUGUUAUAGGCAGACUCUACAAAGGAGAAGACUGAAAUGCAGAUGUAUUCUUUGGCCUUCUGAUCAUCCAUGGAGCUGAUAAAUUUCUUCAAGAAUGUUCUUCUUCUCCCUAGCUCCUCAUCCAUGUGCUGAACUUCCUGAAAUGUACUUAUAUUUUUAAACAUCAAGGUGCCAAAAGCCAACACACAUAAGGAAAAGCAUUUCAAGUGGCCUUGCACAUCAUUACAGUCUUUUACAUCAUGGAGGAUAAAUGAAAACAUUUAUGUUUGCUACUUUUUGUUCAGCAAAGAGCAGUGUUCUUUUUAUUUCCUCUAACUGGAUCUGGCUCAAUUCUAACUUUAAAAGUGUCUUGACAUUGUCUGUAUUAACAAGGAGUCCCGUGGGCACCUUAAAGACUAACCAAUUUUAGGCAUAAGCUUUUGUGGGUAAAAUCCACUUUGUCAGAUGCAUUCAUCAUACCCACGAAAGCUUAUGCCUAAAUAAAUCAAUUAGUCUUUAAGGUGCCACAGGACUCCUUGGUUUGUUCGGUUUUUUGCAGUCACAAACUAACAGUACCCAUCUGAGAGUAGUCUGUAUUGUCACUGUUGAUGUGAUUCUUUCUUCCUUUCCCCUUAUCCCAAACCUCUUAUAUUUUCUGGGUCUUUUCACGUUGCUUCUCUGGUUUAAAAAAAUUGCACUGUUGAAGUGAAUCGUCAGAUCUUCUCUUUUCCUCCCCUCAAGGCAGGGGAGCACCUUUGAAUAAUAUGUCUGAGUCCCAUCAUCUCAGGAAGAAAAUAGUUGUCUCCUGAGCUUUGAUCUUCCUUUUCCUGCCCCCCCCCCUCCUUUUUUUUCCCCCAAGUUGCUUCAUAAAUUAUUAAUAUUGGUAGCCAAGAGCCAGAUUACUUAAAAUUUGAUUCUAAAGCAGCAAUGACAGAAGCUAUAAAGUGAAGUGAUUAUACUGAUGGGAUGCAUUAAAAUAUAUUUAUUCCCAUGAUGAAAAGUUUCAUAGUGUCUGUCUUCUGUUAAAUCCGUCAGACAUACACAAUGCUCUUAAUCUGUUGAAAAUACAUUUUGAGACUUGUUAGUCAUGCAAAAUCUGAAGGAUUGACAUGUGUAGGCCCCAUCAUUAUUAGUAGGUAUUACCCAUAUAAAUACCCCAAACAUCCAACAGAAGAAUAGAUCCAUUUUGAUACAACCAAAAAUGUUUUUUUCCUAAACUCUAAAUAUCUGUGUAUAAAAAGCAAAAUGUCUAAAGAAGAUAACUAUUGUACUAAUUAUCCAGGAUACUGUAUGGUGUAAAUAAAGCCUAUUUAUUAGUUACCUGAAACUAAUAUGAAUAAGAAUUUCAUAUGCACUUCAACAAGUGAUGCUUCCUAACAAUAAUUUAAUAAUUUUGGUUUAUACUGAAUGUACAUGUAUUUUUUUCUGACGUAACUAGCACUGACGGUGAAAGCACUGGAUUUUGUUUGUUUAAAAUAAUGGAAGCUGUAAGCUUUACUUUUGCUUUUUUAUUUUAAAAUAAAAUUUUAUUUUUUUACUAGAAAGAUUUAAAGAAAAUAAAUACAGGGACCUCAAACUGCAAUGCACUGAUCAUUGGGUUUUUGUUCACAUGAUGUACCACUUUCACCUUUUUACUUAAACAUAGGAUAUUGUAAUACUUCCUCUACAGUCCUUAGAGAGUGUAAUCUACAUAUAACUGCUGAAGUUUAUUACUGAAACAAAUUUAUAUCUAAUUAUACUUAACUUCCUGCUUUCAAGGAGAUUAGUCUUUGUAAUUAACUCUUUGGGUUCAGGAAAUAUGGGAUUUAAGUACUGCAGAAUGUGUUUAUGCAUAUAGCAUUAGCACCAAUAAUGUUAAGAGCUCUAGAACUCUUAGUGCCAAAGUAUUUCAUACAGCAGUAUUCAAACUGAAAGAUUGCAAAGGGUGAAAAUUAGGAAAUGGAAAGUCCAGAAUACUUUUCAAAGUUGAGGGAAAAUGCUUUUCAAUAAUUAAAAGUUUGUAUUUUUUUCCAUUCAUAUUGUUUGCAAUAUGUGAGGGGAAAUGUUAUACAGAAGGGAUAAUCUUGAGCUAUUUUUAAAUGAGAAAAUUCUUCCUUUUACUUUUUUUUUGUAUGUAUGUGUGUUAAUUUUAAUGGAAUUUGGAAAAAUGGAUGGGAACAAAUAUACAGUGUCAGACCUUUGGUUACUUAAAAACUACUGCAAUAUAGUUACUACUGGUAAAAUGAAAAUGAACUAUUUUAGCUUCUUAAUUAUGUGUAUAUAGAUUUGUUAAUCGCUUACAAGUCUAGCUUACUAUCUUUGCUUAUAGGCAUGUUGUAUUUGCCUUGUAUAAAUUAUAAAAGGCUAUUUAUUAAGGUUUCCAAUAUAUAAUCUAUUUAUUAAUCUCUAACAUUUUAAAAUAAAUGACUUAUUUCUAGCUCACUACUUGUUUUGUGACUUUUUUCUGCUUUGCUCUUUAUCAUAAAGAAAAUACUCUGUUUCACACAGGCUUAGCUAUCAUAGGACCUAAUCCUGACACAUGAACCAGAAGUAUUUCUUUUGUUGAUCCACAAAACUCAGAGUCCUGCUGCCUUGAAUAAUGGUAGAUGUUCUUUUCCUAUGGAAGAAGAAUCGUGUGAAUGAUUGAAUUAAGCAUACACUGACAACCGGGGUCAAGGCUUUAACAUGUUAAUACCAUUUCAGUUUGUUUACAUGUGAGAUUAAUAUUUUUCUUAAGAUACAAAUACCUGUUGGGGCUAGAAGUCUUUUGCAAACUCUUUUAUCUCAAAUGUCAUUAUCUACUCUGUCCAUACAUUUCUAUAUUUUGACUAGUUGUUUAGCACAGUACACCUCUCUAACCCCACUGUUGAAUGAGUGUCAGCAAGUCAAUAGAAAACACUUGGAAAAUUAUUCAGGCUGUCCAUUAAAUUCUGCCUUCAGUUAGACCUAGUGCUAUAGUGAAAUGGGCAUCACUUUUGAGUGUCACUGUUAUGUUAUUACAUCUAAUGGUGUGCAGACUAACCAAAGUGAGAGUAUCAAAUGUAUCUUUCUGAGUGCAGGAUUUAUGAGCAGGAAUAAUUAAUGCUGUAUUAGCUUAUUUACCUGUUUUGAAGAGGUUAUGCCAUUGUUGCUUCAAAUCAGAAUUGGGAUAAUUUUUAAAAGGAAAAAGGCAUCUUGUGAAAGAGGAUAAUUUGUAGUGAAUAACAAUUAAUGUCAAUACUGUGGACCAUGAACCCAGGCUCCAUUUUAUAUUCAAAAGUUGCAGUGAUAUUCCCUCAAAUGUGAUAAGAUAUAAAGUCUAAAAGGUUAUACAAGCUGAUACUUCUCUUCCCACAUGCAUGAUUACUGAAUCUUUUAAAUAGGAAAUAAUAUAGAGGGCACCUACUUUAGGUAUUUUUAUAUGAGGAAAUUUCAGAUCUGUAAUUCUCCACUGAAGCAGCAGCUCUCUGAGUGCACUAAGCUUUAAUAUAGAAAUGGAGCAGCAGGUAUUUUAUAUAGCCCUGUGUUCCAAACAGCUGUGUCCUGUCUACCGUACAGCUUUGCUCCCAUGAUUGCUUAUCACUGGCAGAGUUGCACUGGAGGAAAAUUACCUCAGUUUAGACAAAUUCUUAGGAGUUCUAUAUAGAAUAUUUGGGGUGGGAACUGUCAGGUAACACCCCAAAAUUUGGCAGUCAACACCUCUUACCAAAAACAUUCCCAAAAAAAAGAGCUACAUCAAUCUCAAGGUGGCGUUCCAGCUCUAGGUGAGACUAUGGCAUUUAUCAGUAUGUACAGGCAGUC